AUGCAACAACAGGUGAACGAGGACCACUGCUUCUGGUGGUUGAAGGAGGCUUAUAAUGGUGUAUGGGAUCACAUCAGAAUCUCAUCUGUGGAUCGUUCAUUAAGCAUAAGAAUUUGCCUGCACUCGCUCCCCAACCUGACGGUGUUAAGCCUAAGCGGGUGCAGCAAAAUCACAGACGACGGAGUGGAACUUAUCGCCGAAAACCUGCGCAAACUCCGCUCGCUCGACCUCUCGUGGUGCCCGAGAAUCACUGACGCGGCGCUCGAGUACAUCGCCUGCGACCUCAACCAGCUGGAGGAACUCACGCUGGAUAGGCUGUUCCCUGGUGACCUCGGCAGGACUCUCAACCCUCGUCCAGCUGCGACAUUUACAGGAGCUGGAACUAACCAACUGUCCAGGAGCAACACCCGAGCUCCACCAUCACCUUCACCUCCAUCUACCCAAUUAUGGGAACAUAUUGAAAUAAGCCAAAGCCAGGACCUAUUUAAACAAACGAUUUACCUACUACUAAAAGGUUAUAGAAGACAUACCCAGUGUUGUGUAUUUGGUGAAAACUGGAUUUGUAACCAAUACAUUUCAUUUCAGUCCUGUGUAUAUGGAGACCAUUCAUAUUUUUCUUUCUUUCUUUUUUUUUUUUUUUAGAUAGUUUUAGUUACAGUUACCAGCAGGUCUGGGUUUAGAAUAUAAAAAAAAUAGUAAUAAUAAUAAAAAGCAAAGAAAAAAAUUAAUAAUAAUUCUUAAGAGACAACAAAAUGAUGAUGAUAGGAUGGAUUAACAAAUGAGAAUAUUGAUUUAAGAUUAGUAUUAGAUAAUUAAGGCAUGGUGAAUUCAUAGCUAGAAGAGAAAACGAACCAAUCACAGCUCAUGAGAAAGUACAGUACUAGGACUGUCAACGCAGCCUCUCCUUAGGAGCUUUAAGCAUGAAGAAGAAUCAAUAGUUUCAGUACUUAAUAUAGCAGUCAGGAAUUACUAAUGUGCUUGACUACAGAAGUCUUUGUUGUUGUAGUUUCUAGGCCGUUCUGCCGACUACUAAAUUGCGACAGGUUUCCUUCUAAAAUUACCUUUCUUGGGAAUAUUGUUUAGUAAAAUAAUACAUAUAACUUACAUAGUUCAAACGUUAUAUAGUGACGGAAGAUAAAAUCAGUAAUUAAGUCUAAAGCAGAUGCAUUAUGAUCAUCAUAAUGAAGUAACUCAUAGUAUGGCAUGCAACAGUUUUAUUAUUAUUACUGCUCUCCUAAAGCACAAAAUAUACUCAUGCAUUUUUGUUUUUUUUCAAUAUUUUCAAGGAUGACAUCAACCAAGUGAUCAUGAUACAUAAUUUUGUAAGAUAACAGUACAUAUUACCUCAUUAAAACGAUUAAAUAGAUUAACCUUUUUUUCCAAAGUUCUGAAAAUAUAAUUCAUUGGUUUAAUUAUAGACACCUAUAUCAUGAUAUUUAUAUUCUUUUCUUUUAGUUCAGUAUUUCAAAGUUCUCUGGGCAAAUGCGUUAUUACAGUGAAAUAUCAUGAGACGUUUAUUUUAUUUAAGAUAGUAUACACAGUAUAUCAGUGUAGAGAUGACAUUACAGAGCACAGGUUUUCAUUGUUAUCUUCAACUAUAGUUAUUUACUGGCAACAUUAUGUUAAUUUUUUGCACAAGAAUGAAGUUAGCCACACUCAAUAUGUUAUAUUUAUUGUGGGAAAAAAAGAGAAUAAGAGCUGCUUACCAUUUGCCAAGAUAUUUAAUGAUUAUAUCAGUAAAGUAAAACCUUCUGUAUGAUAUGUUAUAAUAUGUAUGAUCAUACUCAAAAAAUGAAAAAGCUGAUGUUA